AUGCACUGUCGAAUGUACCUGGCCGGCAUGAACUUCACCGUUAUCACGGAUCAUCGGCCAUUGCUUGGUAUCUUCAAAGGAUCAAACCUGGCAGCCGUAGACAAUCCACGUCUCCAACGGAUUUUGAUGAAAACGGCUGGAUACACGUUCACCAUACAAUGGAUUCCAGGCAAGAAUCAUCGGAUUGCCGACACGCUCUCACGUUAUCCCCUUUUCGACGAUAAUUCUCAGGACGAUGACCCACCUUCCACAUUCGAUAACUCCAUUCUUCUAUCCGCCGUUCAAAUGGAAUCCGGCUCUGAUUUAGCCCUUCAUUCCAUCGCCUUGAAUGCCAAGAAUGAUGUCAAUUAUCAGGCUGUCAUAGCCACUCUUCUAUCUGGUAAAUCACCAAAACACUUGCCUCAAUCUCAUCCGGCCAAAUUAUUCACCAAGCAGUGGGACAGCUUAUCCCUAGAUCACGAUAAUGGUCUUUUGAUCCUUCAAGGCCGUCGAAUUAUUCUGCCCAUCCAAUCUCGUGCGACCAUUCUCCACGACUUACAUCAGUCUCACCAAGGCAUUCGUCGGACCCGCGCUCUGGCUCGUAGCCUGUAUUUUUGGCCGGGCAUGAACAAUGACAUUGAACAGGUCAUCAGUGCAUGCGCUCAAUGUCAGGAGUUUCGCCCGAGCCAAUCCCCCGAGCCUCUUCGCCAAUCCACCGCCACCCGACCAUUUGAGUCCUCGUUCCGUGGAUUUGUUUCACAGCGCUGGUGCGCAUUACUUGAUCAUGGUGGACCGAUUUACGGGUUGGCCGUGCGUGUCUCGCCUUUCUCGAUUGGACACGCGGACCAUAACCGACAUUUUGAGGACUGGUUCGCGGAUUAUGGAAUUCCCCAGCACUUGCGCUCCGAUGGGGGACCUCAAUUUCGCGGCGGUGAUUUUGCCGAAUUCUGCCGUCGCACCCACAUCAACCAUGAACUUUCCUCGGCCUACCACCCCGCUUCCAAUGGUCACGCCGAAUCCGCGGUCAAAGCCAUGAAGACCUUGCUCCAAAAGCAUGGCCACAAUUGGCGCAAUUUCCGGCCACGCCCUUUUGGCCUGGCGCAACGUGUGCACCGUGCCCGGACGGACGGUUUCAGUCCCGCCCAAUGGCUCUUCGGUCGCGGCCUCCGCACCCGCAUUCCCGGCCAUCCGGCCCACUACAAUCGAUUGUCCGACCACGUCUGGGCCCAAGCCCUUCAACGCCGCGAGGAGGAAAGCGAGAAGACUCAGGUUCGAUUCGAUAACACCGCGAUCCCUCUCCCACCGCUUCAACCUCACGAUACAGUUCUGGUUCAGGAUCCCCGCACCAAAAAGUGGAAUCGGUCGGGCUUGGUCAUAGAACCAAGACGAAAUCAUCGCUCCUCCUACAAAGUCGAAAUCGAUGGCCGGAUUUCAAUCCGGAACCGAAUUCAUCUCCGACCAGUACCCAUGGAAACGGCAUCUCCCGACAAGGUGGUGACCCUGAGCCGAGCGCGAACGAACCCUUCCUUCCUCGAGAAACCCGCCUUCGAUCGAAAAGAGUUCGGUUUAAACAUUAAUAAUCUGUCCUAUGAUGCCAACUUUAGGGGGAGAUGA